AUGACCAAACGAACGCUCGCAAUCCUACUGUUUGCAGCGAUCGCGGUCCUCGCGAUCGCAUGCUCAUCGGAAUCCGAACCAACUUCUCCUCCCGAUUCCUCCAUCCCCACGUCAGAAUCCGCCUUCAUUGAGACCGCCGAGGCAAUCACCAACGAAGCCGUCGGAUUCGCGGACGAGGAUCAAGAAACACCCAGCGAUCAAGUCGUCGACACAUCGGCGGCCGAAUCGUUAACCGCGCGAAUCUCCCCGCCAGUCUUAUCUCCCGUCAGAUCAGACGUCCUUGGUGUGCCCAUCAGCGACGUCGAGCUUCUGGACGACGACACAUUGAAAGACGCAAUCGCCAGCGAAACCAUCGAAGCGCUCGCCGUCAGCGAACGCGAAGAUUGGGAGAACCGGUUGAUGGACAUCUGGGAAGAUUCCAUCGGCGGCGUCGUGCUCAUAAACCUAGACACCUCCCUCUUCGGUGGCAACGGAACCGGUGCCGGUUGGUUCUGGGACGACCAAGGCCACAUCGUCACCAACUACCACGUCGUCAGACCAACUACCGGCCUCCUAACACCGCCCAACAUCAUCGUCGAAACUUUCGACGGCGACCGAUUCGACGCCGAAUUCAUCGGCGGCGAUCACAUCUCCGACAUCGCCGUCAUCAAAAUCGACGCCGACCCAAACACGAUCAAAACACUGAAAGUCGGCGACAGCGCCAACCUCCGACCCGGCAUGACCGCCAUCGCACUCGGACACCCCUUCGGCAUCGAGCAGGCAUUCUCCAUGACCCACGGCAUCAUCAGCGGACUCGCCAGAUCCAUACAGUCCCAAGCCAGCUCCAUACCCAUCCCCGCCGUCAUCCAAACCGACGCCGACAUGAACCCCGGAAACUCCGGCGGCCCGUUACUCAACAGCGCUGGCGAAGUCAUCGGCGUCAACACCCAGAUCCGAAGCAUCUCCAACAUCAACAGCGGCGUCGGCUUUCGCAACUCCCAUCAACCUCAGCGACUCUCACUCGAUGAAGAUCAAAAAGGACUCCUCGUAACCGCAGUCUCCCCCAACGGCCCCGCCGACAAAGCCGGCAUCCGAGCCGAUACCGGCGUCUCAUCACUCAAAGGCGACGGCGACGUCAUCAUCCGCAUCGACAACGUAACCAUCCAAAACAUCUACGACCUCCGCAGCUACAUCAUGCUCAACACCUCCCCCGGCGAGCAAAUCGUAAUCGAAAUCCUCCGCGACGACCAAACCAUCCCCAUCACCCUAACCCUAGGCUCCUGGGGAGACCAGUUCAACUAA